AUGAUAUUAAUACUACAGACAGGUUUGGCUGAUGGGUCUGAUGACACUUUCAUCGUGUGCAAUACUGGCAAAAGGAAACUUAAGAAAGAGGAAUAUAUUAGUGAACUAUAUCGAUACAAGUCAAAAUGCACACAUUGCAAAAAAAUAGUUCACAAAGUUCGACACCUAUUAGAUGAAUUUAAAAUUAUAAAUGAAAAUGAAAUUAUUGGCAUUUGCAAGAGGUGCCGACAAUCAUGCAAAAUUAAAUGUCCUAGAUGUGAGUACAUUAAAAAUAAGUUUGUUGACACCUAUAAAAGACAUCGCAAAGAAAGACAAGAGCGUUUUAAAGAUUGGCUUUGCAAAGUAAAUGAGUUACUACAAUCUUUAAUUGAUGGAGAGGGAAUUUGUCACUGUGGAAUGUAUAAAGAUGCCGAAUUGGAAAGACUUCUACAAGAUCUAAAAGAACCACUGGAUGUACGACAGCCAGACAUAGAUUUCUUUCCAAAUGUGGAUGAUGAGCUUUUGUCUUUGCAAGAUUUGAAAGACAGUAAGAUAUUACUUGAAGAAUUACUUUCUAAAAUGAAACCGGAAGCCGAAGAACAUGCCGCGCAUUUAUCUGUAUCUAAAGGAAUUUGUAUUUGUAAAGACUUAAAAGAAAAACACCUCGAAGAAUUCAUACCUGGUUUUGUGGCAAAACCACUUGAAGAAUCUCAAGCUACAAUACUAACCGGGGAACAUUUGAAAUAUCUUGAUACAUCGCCAAGUCUAGAAGAAUGUAAACAUUUUGUAAAAAGAUUAAUUAUAUUAAGCCAAAAUCUACCACGAGGAAUACAUUUAAAUAAAGAAUUCAUACUAGAUCUUAUUGAUACUAUUGACAUUGGUACUAAACAGGGAUUAUCUGUCAAUAUUGUUAACAAACUGAUAGACCAAUUAAAACAGUUAGAUAAAUAUCUUGACUAUGACAUGUCUCCAGAAUUAGAUAAAAAUGUAAUUAUAACAUUGAUAGGAGAUUUAAAUGAUCUACUAACAAUAGGAUCUUCCAAAACUGUAAAUAAAGAAUUAUUAAAAUUAUUAAUACAGCUAACGAAUUUACUUACAACUGAACUAAAAAAGCAGCACUCAUCUCAUUUACUGCUUAAGGAUGAAAGCAAAUACAAAAAGCAUGGCAAGGAAAUUGACGAAACACUUCACGUGUUAUAUCCAACUCAUAGAGAAAAGAGUGGAACUGGUUACAAAAAGCACGGACCUUUUGAAACUCCAACACCAGAUGUAGGACCACUAGGGGUAUCACCUGGAAAACCAAAAGGUAAGAUCAAAGAUAAAGAGCUGAAAAUGCUUAAAAGUGAUGGUAUAGAACAACGGAGACCUAAGUCUCACGAUAAAAAAUUACGGCGUGAUGGAAGCCUACCACUAGAAAUUAAAGGUAAAUCUUCAAAAAUUCCUGUAAUGAGAAGUGCUCCAAGCAGAGUUGAAUCUACACUUAAUAAAUAUAUACUACCUCCAAUAUUUGGUAAAGAAGAAAAAAGCUCUACUCAAACAGAAGUUGGAAAAGAAACUGAAAUUAUUGCAAAAAGUAGAACUAAGAAAUCGUUAUCUAAAAUAUCUAAAAUUACAUUUAAGAAGUCAUUAUCUAUAUAUCCCAAGAAAAUUAAAACUUAUGGUGGUGGUGAAGGUUUGAUGAAAAGAUUAUCAAAGGCAUCGAUUCUAUCAAAACGUGGUUUAGCAAAAAAAUACGUUCCACCAAAAGACGCAACUAAAACUAAACUGGUAGGAAAGAAAGAGAACUUGUUAACAUUAAGUAUUAACGAAAUCGCAACAUUACCUCACACUGUCAGGUCAUUCGCCGAUACAAUAAGUUCACUCAUUCAGGUACUGGGAAAUAUUAAUAGAGCUUUAGCUGUUGGUGGUUUAAAUAAGAGACUUUUACAACAGUUCGCUAUGGACGUGCGUGACAUAUUAGGUGAGACACCAACUACUUUGUUGCACAAUAUAAUUAAACAAUUAUUACAACUAAGUAAACCUGUUUUGGAUGGGGUACCUGACGAUACUACCCUAAAAUUAGUGCAAGAAUUGAUUAGUCAUGCCACCAAAGCUCUGUGUCACAAACUUUCUGCAAAUAAAAAUAAAGCAAUGGUAAAUGAGUUACUUAGUAAUCUUAAUAACGUGCUAAUGUCUGUUUCAAAAGAAUGGCAAUCUAAACAUAAAAGAGACACUCAAAAAAGUAGGGAUUUACGCUAUUUAAGUAAAGCUAUUUCUAAAAGAAUACAAGAUUUAAGUAACCGACAACUAGUAUCGAGUCAAUCGAGUUUAUAUAGGGAAACGAAAUCUAAGCAAAGUUUAGGAAACCACUUGAGAAUACUGCAAGAAAAACUAGCAAAAGGUAAAACUAUUUAUAGUCUUGAAACAGCAGCUGCUUUGAAAAAAAUAAAAAAAAAGAAUCAGGAGGAGAAACUGAAUCAUUUGGAGAUUAGAUCAAGAUCAGGAAUUUCAACGACGUCUACACAACAACUUAAAAAAGCAAAGAAACUUUCAGAAGCCAUACUUGGAAAAAUUUUACAGUGUGAGGCCAAUGAGAAGAUAGAAAGAAAGAAAAAGGAACGAGAGGCUAAAGAAUUGGAAAGCCAAGCGACUUUAACAAGAAUUUCUUCUCGAGCGUUCAACUUGCCCGCGAUAGAAGCAAUAAUAGCGAGCCCACCUAGUAGCAGUACCUCGAGUACUUCAAGUGUCAUUGAAACAUGUCUUGAACGAAAACCAAAAAUACCAAAAGUUAUGAUUCGAGGUGAAAGAAUUGUACCAUACGAUGCUGAAUAUAUAGAACAUUUACGAAAAGGCAAACCUCCUAUACUUAAAACACAACGCAAGAGAGACCUGCCUGAAAGCGAUCGGGUUGCAAAGGAAACUGAUUCUUCUAUAAAUUUAGACGAAAUAUCAGGAGAUGGGAUACUCAAAUAUAGGUUAUCUAAUAGACAGUUUAUAGAAAAAGGCUGGACAAUAUUGCCGACGAAAAAGGUUAUGCGAAGGGUAUUGUCCGAUAGUGGAAUGGUGAUUGUAACAAAUAUAUAUUUCCCAGAAUCCAACGUUGGGCAGAGGUACGUGGUUUAUAGUUCUGGAGACGAAGUGGACCAUGGUAGUGUUAAACCUCGGACUAUUAUAGCGUUAUUUGAUGUACAAGGAAAUGGGGUAGUCUACGACCAUAAUGGAAAUGUCAGACUGAAAUACAAUCAAUCUGAAGGUGUUCUGGUGGAUUCUACGUUAGGGUCGCCAUGCAAAUGGAAGUGGCACACGUUAAACGACCCCCCAGUCUUGCAGCACGUGAUCUUAAACCCACAACUUAAAGUCCGUGAUAGCAUAAUUGAACAUAUAGGAAAAACUGAGAGAGCUCUCGACUCCAAUCCCAUAAACAAGAGAAUGCAACCCGAGAUGCUAGCAAUAGAACUAGAAAAUUUCGCCAGAGAAAAAACAUUUAAAUUAACGCAGAAGUUUAAAAAGCUGGAGAUUAAAAUGAAGGCUGUGAAACUUAAUGAGCAUUUUUCAUUGAAAAUUAUAGACCAAACGACUAUACAUUUGUAUUUCCGAGAUGGCACGACUAGUUUGAAGUUGAAUUUGGGUAUGGUGUUGAUAAGCGACGAGAUUGUUGACACGGAUACUGCAGAGUUGACGGACGUGCAGACACCGUACGACAGAUUCCCUGCUAAGAGUCCAAGUGUGGAAGAUAUACAACUGUUUUUGAAAACAGUCAAUCUUCGUAAUCGGGUGUUACACGCAACUCGAGCUUAA